GAUAAAAUUUUUAAAUUUUUAUAGGUAUUAACUUUUUAAUUUGGUUUUACUUUUUUAUGGAAUUAGGUCCGUGUUCGACCGGUCCGGAUUACCGUUAGCUGCCUGAAGUUGUCAUUUUUGCACUCGAUUCAGUAUGUCUGCACCAGGUGGCAGCAGUUCGAAAAAGAAAGGGGUCAGAGGUAAAUACAAGGGCAAGAAUGUUGAGGAGGAGCUCUCCAAAACACAAUCUGCCAAGUUACCGAUUGAGGUGCACGCAGAGACUGGCACCCCCGUAGGCAAAAACGGAAAAAAAUUCAACAAUAUGGCCAAAUGGAUGACUCGGAUGUCUAUCCCCAUUAAUAAAUUCAAAUGGGAAGAUGUCAGUAGAGCUGACAUCAACGCACUCUGGGAUAGACUUGAGACCAAGUUUGUCCUCCCACGAGAUAACCCUACAUUCGUAGACUACGGUGAGUACGAGAUGUCAAAGGGUUUACGUGACUGGAGGGCAGACUGCAAGAAGAAGUGGAUACAAAACAUUGAGGAGCUUGGACAGGAGAGGGCCGACAUGUCACCUCCUGAGGGAGUAACUCAAGAGGUGUGGAGUGACUGCAUCGCUUAUUGGAGCACAGACAAACAAAAGGCGAGAGCAGCGAAAAAUAAAGAAAGUCGGGGUAAGAUGAAAUUUCUAGGAGGCUGGGGCUCCAAGCCUAUUGUUUCACAUGUUGUCGAGGGGGCUAACCCCGACACAGGAGAACUGCCAACUGCGGUGGAAACUUUUCAAAAGUUUCACCAUAAAGGCAACGAUUGGCGCAACGAGUUCGCGCAACAAGCUUACGAGCAAAUGGUUGAAAUAGCGGCAACUCAACCAGCGCCCACUGAAGAUGAGCCCGAAGAGCCUGCUGUCGAUCCUACACAGUACCCCCGAGACUUACCUGUUAUGACGCAAGUACUCGGGGAACGAUCUCGGCAUCUUAGAGGCUUUGGCCAUCUCCCCAGACUGAAGGGAGUUGGGGCCAAAAGAGCACCUGCCACGCAUCCUUCAGCCCAACCGACUAUUACAAUGGAACAGUACGAGGCUUUACAGAAAAAAGUGGAGGAAGCGGAACAGACAACUCAACAUACGAGGCAGCAGUAUGAGACACAACAACUCUACCUCAGACGAUUCCAAGAUCAGUUUGAGUAUCUUUCUCGAGCUGUGCCGGGUUUCAACUUGCCUCCCAUGGAUCUUCCACCAUUGCCCACUCCUGGUGCUGGAUCGUCAUCGCAGCCUCCCGAGACUCAGAGAAACAAUGAUGACGACAUUACCCGCCUAUAG